GGCUGCGGCGGGGCCAUGCAGAGCUGCGGGCGCUGGUGGGGGCGGCUGGCGGCCCGCGGGGCAGCGCACCUGCGGGCGGCGGCGGGGCAGCGGCGCUGGGGCAGCGGGGAGGCGGCGCGCUGCAUCGAGCAGCUCCUGCCGCGGCAUGAUGACUUCUCCCAGCGGCACAUCGGGCCGCGGGAGCAGGAGAAGCGGGAGAUGCUGCGAACCGUCGGGGUSCAGAGCGUCGAGGAGCUGAUGGACAAAACCAUCCCGGCCAGCAUCCGCCUCCGGAGGCCUCUGAGGAUGGAUGACCACGUCUGUGAAAAUGAAAUCCUUGAAACUUUAUACAAUAUCGCAAGCAAGAACAAGAUCUGGCGCUCGUAUAUCGGCAUGGGUUAUUACAACUGCUCRGUGCCCCAGCCCAUCGCGCGCAACUUGUUGGAGAACGCAGGCUGGGUAACCCAGUACACUCCUUACCAGCCUGAGGUGUCCCAGGGCAGGCUGGAGAGCCUCCUGAAUUACCAGACUAUGGUGUGCGAUAUCACAGGAAUGGACGUGGCUAAUGCAUCUCUGCUGGAUGAAGGGACAGCUGCUGCAGAAGCCAUGCAAUUAUGCCACAGACACAACAAAAGGAGGAAGUUCUACAUAGAUGCCCGAUGCCACCCUCAAACUAUAGCAGUGGUCCAAACUAGAGCAAAUUAUAUAGGUGUAAUUACUGAGCUCAAGUUACCCCAUGAGAUGGAUUUCAGUGGAAAGGAUGUCAGUGGAGUGUUAUUUCAGUAUCCAGACACUGAAGGGAAGAUCGAAGACUUCUCUGAACUUGUUGAAAGAGCUCAUCAGAAUGGGACUCUGGCCUGCUGUGCUACUGACCUUCUGGCCCUCUGUAUUCUGAAGCCUCCUGGAGAGUUUGGGGUGGAUGUUGUCCUGGGUAACUCACAGAGGUUUGGUGUCCCGCUGUGCUAUGGGGGACCCCAUGCAGCGUUCUUUGCUGUGAAGGAGAAUCUGGUGAGAAUGAUGCCGGGCAGAAUGGUGGGUGUCACCAGAGAUGCGAAUGGAAAGGAAGUGUACCGGCUUGCUCUGCAAACACGAGAGCAGCAUAUCAGGAGGGACAAAGCUACCAGCAACAUCUGCACAGCACAGGCUCUUCUGGCGAAUAUGUCAGCCAUGUUUGGUAUCUACCAUGGGGCUGACGGGCUGAGGCACAUUGCAAGACGAGUACACAACGCUGCUCUAAUCUUGGCUGAAGGUCUCAGGAGAGCUGGUCAUAAACUACAUCAUGAUCUGUUCUUUGACACCUUGACGAUCACAUGUGGAUGCUCAGUCAAAGAGGUUUUGGACAGGGCAGCUCUUAGAAAAAUAAAUUUUCGGAUUUAUAAUGAUGGCAGACUUGGAGUAUCACUUGAUGAAACUGUAAAUGAGAAAGACCUAGAUGACAUACUAUGGAUUUUUGGUUGUGAGUCUUCCUCUGAACUAAUUGCUGAGGGAAUGGGUGAGGAAACCAAAGGCAUCCUUAGCUCCCCAUUCAAGAGAACUUCCAAAUUCUUGACACACCAGGUUUUCAACAGCUAUCACUCUGAGACAAAUAUAGUGCGGUACAUGAAAAGACUAGAAAACAAAGAUAUUUCCCUUGUUCACAGCAUGAUUCCUUUGGGGUCCUGCACAAUGAAGCUUAACAGUUCAGCUGAGCUUACGGUAAGCUGGAAUAACAGCUUCUCACUUGGUAGCCACAUGGAUAAACUGUGUAGCCACAGUCAUUGUAGAUGAGCAAAGGCUGCUCUU